AUGUUAAAGGACAACUACACAGCGGUGACUGAGUUUAUUCUUCUGGGAUUGACAGAUCGAGCUGAGUGGCAGCCUGUCAUUUUUGUGGUAUUCCUAGUGGUAUACCUUAUUACAGUAAUUGGCAAUGCCAGUAUGAUUUUGUUAAUCCAAAGUGACUCAAAACUUCACACUCCAAUGUACUUCUUCCUCAGCCAUCUAUCCUUUGUAGAUCUCUGUUACACCACCACUGUCACUCCUCAGAUGCUUGUUAAUCUCUUAUCUAAGAGAAAAACCAUUUCCUUUCUUGGCUGUGUUAUCCAAUUUCACUUUUUCAUUGCCCUAGUGAUCACAGAUUAUUAUGUGCUCGCAGUGAUGGCUUUUGACCAUUACAUGGCCAUCUGCAAACCCUUGCUCUAUGGGAGCAAAAUGUCCCAAAGUGUCUGCUUCUCUCUUGUUGCUGCUCCUUAUAUUUAUGGCUUUGUAAAUGGCCUAGCACAGACCGUCCUCUUGCUCCACCUCUCCUUCUGUGGACCUAAUGAAAUCAACCACUUUUACUGUGCUGAUCCACCUCUUUUAGUCCUGGCCUGCUCAGAUACUUAUGUCAAAGAGACUGCCAUGUUUGUGGUGGCUGGUUUCAACCUCACUUGUUCUCUCACCAUCAUCCUCAUCUCCUACAUUUUUAUUUUCACAGCAAUUCUACGUAUCCGCUCUGCUGAGGGGAGGCACAAGGCUUUUUCCACCUGUGGGUCCCAUUUGACAGCUGUCACUAUUUUUUAUGGGACACUGUUCUUCAUGCAUCUGAGGCCUCCUUCAGAGGCAUCUGUAGAACAAGGCAAAAUUGUAGCUGUUUUCUAUAUCUUUGUGAGUCCCAUGUUAAACCCUCUGAUCUAUAGCCUUCGGAACAAAGACGUUAAAAGGGCAGUAAGGAAAGUCGUUCAAAAGAAAUUGUUUGUCAAAUAG